GUGUGAGAAGUAUUAAUGUUUCAUGUAAUGUAUAAUAAAAAUCGUUUUUCAAUGUUAAUCUGCCAUUUUCAAGAAUGACUGAUUCACACUCGUGGAACACAACUCCUCAGUCAAAAUCCUACUAUACAUUUGACGAUCCGCUGAAUGAGAAGAAACUAAGGGUAUGGGUGGGUAGUAUUCCCAAUUUUGUGGAAGCAGAUGACCUCAAACUGGCAUUACAGAUGGCUGGAGUUGCUCCACUGACUGAUUUAGUGUUCAAGAGAUGCCCUGUUAGGAGUUGGGGAUUCUUGACGUUCAAAACAUUUGAAGAUGCGUCACAAUGCAUAGCUCUUAUUCAUGGAAAGAGACUAUUUGAAGAGUCUGAUUUCACAUUGGAGGCUCGAUUUGCAAAUCCUCACGAAUCUAGAGACGAUUCGAACUCUAGGAAUGAUUCCUUCAACUCACAAUCUAGCUUUUUAAGCACAACGCAUCGAGCAUCAAUGAUGAGCACAUUGACUGAGGAGGGGUAUGAUGUGCUACAGGAUGCUGGACCAACUACACUCUGGCAUGUUUAUCGAGAUGAGAAUGGUAAUAGCUACUACUACAAUUCAAUCACUGGGCACACACAAUGGGAACGCCCUGUACCUCCUCUAAUCGCCGUGGAAGCUGCUACAUCCUUUUGCAGUGAUCGCAAUAGGUUAAGUGCUCCUCCAGGAUCUAACCUCUUUAUAUUUCAUAUUCCAAACGUUUGGGACGAUGCGGAACUUGCCAUGCAUUUUACUCCGUUUGGCAAUUUAAUUUCAGCAAAAGUUCAGCGAGACGCGGCUGGUUGUAACUCUGGUUUUGGAUUUGUGACAUAUGACAAUCCUCUGAGUGCAUCUGCGGCUGUAGAUUUAAUGAAUGGAUUCGCAACGCACUCCAAAUUUUUAAAGGUUCAACACAAGAAAGAAUCAUCUAAUGAAGCUUAAUCGGCAUAU